AUGGUAUCAUUGUCAUUAUCUCAACAUCAUCUCUGGCCGCCGGAAUCUGGAUCUGCGGCGUUUCGAGGUUUCGCAACCGCCGCAUCCGUACACGCCUGCCACCAUGUUCGCCGUCACCUCCGCCUUGGCUUCCAUCUCCGCUCUUCCCUUCAGGAAAGGCUUUUGAGUUUUGACUAUGCUGCUUUACAGAAACUGCAGGAAUUUUCUGAUGCUGCAAAAACGGAGUUCUCAAGAUAUCAAAGAGUCAUACUAUUCAAUGGAGCUAAUUUUCUGCAGUCUAGAGUUGAUAUCCGAGUGUCUCCACCAUCGUCAUUUGUAUGUUUCUUUAACGGAGGAGAGAGUAGGAUAAACCCUAGAGGUGGUGGUGAUGAAGGAUCAUCAUCAUCAUCAUCAAACCAGGAGACCUCCAAGAGAAACUCACUUAGUGGACGGAGAUGGACUAAUGUCCUCCUUGCCAUUAACGUAAUAAUGUAUAUUGCACAAGUUGCAUCCAAUGGGAAAGUUCUAACAUGGGGAGCCAAGGUAAACAGCUUAAUCGAUAGAGGUCAGCUAUGGAGACUGGCUACAUGUUCUGUUCUUCAUGCGAAUCCGAUGCAUCUCAUGAUAAAUUGCUAUUCUUUGAAUUCUAUUGGACCAACUGCUGAGAGUUUAGGUGGCCCUAAGAGGUUUCUUGCCGUUUAUUUGACAUCUGCUGUUGCAAGUUCAGCAAUGAGCUACUGGUUCAACAAAGCCCCAUCAGUUGGUGCUUCAGGUGCGAUUUUCGGAUUGGUUGGAUCGGUUGCUGUAUUUGUCAUGAGACACAAAAAGAUGGUCAGAAGUGGGAAUGAAGAUCUAAUGCAGAUAGCUCAAGUUAUAGCACUAAACAUGGCGUUGGGUCUGGUCUCCAGAGGCAUAGAUAACUGGGGUCAUAUUGGUGGGUUGCUUGGUGGAACGGCAAUGGCAUGGCUUGUAGGACCACAGUGGAAGUAUGAGUACACAGCAAGAGACGGUCAGAGAGUCUUCAUGGACAGUGCUCCUAUUCCGGUCCUUUUGCGGUGGAGAAACCAACAAAGACGGCUUUGA